AUUUUUUAUUAGAUCUACUGCUACAUCCGCUAUAAACAGAGGAGAUCCAGAGCUUUCGAUUCUUAGAAUUAAAAAAGAAAAAGGUUACAAAGUAGUCAGGUUGAGAGAAGAGAUUUAUCAAAUCUGAACCUAAAAAUGUCUACCAUAAAUUAUAGCAAAUGGGAUCAUAUUGAGAUCUCUGAUGAUGAAGAUGAUACCCAUCCAAAUAUCGACACACCCAGUUUAUUCAGAUGGCGUCAUCAAGCAAGAGUUGAAAGAAUGGAGGAGCAAAAAAAGAAGAAAGAGAAGUUUGAGCAAGAUAAACAAAGUUAUCAACAAAGAAUAGCAGAGAUGAAAAGGAAAGUAAAAGAGGCUGAGGAGUCUGCAUCAACUGAAUUUCAAAAGCUCAAGAUUGAACUUUCAGAACUAGAGAAACAAGAAGAAGAAUAUAGGAAGAAGGAAGAGGAACUCAAAAAAGAAGAAAAAUUGACACCUUUGAAUAUUGACACCAUUUGUAAAGAAGCAAAAUCUAAAACACUGAUAAAUAAAGCAGCACCACCACCGAAAGAACUUUCAGAAGAAGAAAAAAUUAGCAAGCAGCAAGAAUUUACUAAAAAAUAUAAGAGUGAAAUCCGCAAGUAUGGCAUGCUUCAGAAGUGGGAUGACAGCAAGCAGUAUCUAACAGAACACAACUACCUUGUGUGUGAGGAGACUGCCAACUAUCUUGUUAUCUGGUGUAUUGAUCUAGAGGUGGAAGAGAAACAUGAUCUCAUGAAACAUGUCAGUCAUCAAUGCAUUGUCAUGCAAUUUAUUUUGGAACUGGCCAAAAGUCUAAAGACUGAUCCUCGCAGUUGCGUCGGGGCUUUCUUCUCCAGAAUUAAACUUGGAGAAAAACAGUACACUGAUGCUUUUAAUGAUGAGCUUGAAGCUUUCAGAUCAAGAAUUCAGGAGAGGGCUAGAAUAAGGAUUGAAGAAGCCAUGAAAGAAUAUGAAGAGGAAGAGCGUAAAAAACGUUUAGGUCCUGGAGGCUUAGACCCUGAAGAAGUGAUGCAAUCACUUCCAGAAAAACUGCGGGCUUGCUUUGAGGCUCAAGACAUAGCAUUGCUGCAAAAGACAGUGGCAGAAAUGCCUCAAGAGGAAGCAGCAUACCACAUAAAGCGCUGCAUUGACUCAGGCCUAUGGGUCCCUGGGGGAGAUGACAAAGAAGAGGCUAGUGGAGUACAGGAAUCCAAGGAAGAGGAAGUUUAUGAAAAAGUUGAUUGAUAGUCUCUUCUGAAAAUUAUGUUUUAUUAAUAAUAUGACAGAAAUAAUUGUACAAUUCAUAUAUUUCUAAACGUGUAAUUUCUGGUUUAACUUGUUUUUUUAUCCAUCAAUAUGAAGUAAUUUGUUAACAAAUAACUUAUUUUAUUAUUGUUUUAUAAAACUGUUCAACUGAAUUUUUAUUAAAUUUUGUAUUGCUGCUAAAUAAAAAAGUCAUAUUGGUCAUUGGUAAUUAAAACUAUAGCCAUUGCUAUUGAGCUAUUUUACAUUUAUAUUUUAAUAAGCUACUGUUGUUUUUCAGUUCAGUAUUUCAGUUGCAUAAUCAUAUAUUGUUCUAUCAUUUCAACUACUAACACAGACUGUAUGAAUUACCACAGUGCACUACAAGUUAACAGGUUUAGUAGUGUUUUUAAAAAAUAACAAACCUAUUUAAAGAUUUAUAUACAUAAAAUAAAACCUUAGUGGUUAGUGUUCACUUUCUGGUACCCGUUGUGAAGUGUACUUAAAUACUUUUGAAUAUUUGGGUACCAAAGCUUUGUUGUCAACUGCAAUUCUGUAACUGUUUUUAUAAUCAUCUAUUAUCAAAUUGCAUAGUGUACAAUUUUCAGGUGUAAUUUCUCAUCAAUCUAACUUUUAAUGAGUUUAAUUUCAUUUUGUAAAUAAUGGCACAUUACAUGUACUAUUAAAUUGACCAAUAGUUUACAAUAACAAAAAUUGUAAAAGACUAAUUUAAUUGUUCGUUAUUUAUUACAUAAUUUUAAACUAAGGCCUGUCUGCAAGUGCAUGUUUAUAAAGAUCUUAGAAUAAUAAAAUGUAUCUUCCCACUUCACAUUUUAAAAGUGUUUAUUGAGUUGUGACAAUUAGCUAAACAACUCAAAAAACAUUUGUUUUUGCAAACUAAAAAUGGAUAGCCAAAGAUAUCAAAUAAUCCUAUCAAAAUUACACCAGCUUUGUCCACCUACUUUUUAUACAUUUAUUUGUACAGAUUU